GACAUAAGAGCAGAUAAAAUGGUCAAAUGCACUCACUUACCUAAGAAAUGUAAACUGCUGUCCUAACCGCAGGGAUUACGAGUAUUUGUUCACAAAUAGUACUUAGCUUUGAACCGCCGAGAUCGUUGUAAGUAUAAGAUAAAAUUGGACAAAUACUACUACUAUUGAACAAGCAGUCCCGUAUUGCAACCUUGUAUCUCAAAGACUGUGGUCGGUGUCUGAAAUUAUUUAGUGAAAACAUGGCAGUUACUUUGAAAAGUGGUAUAUACAUAGUAGCAGCAAAACGCACGCCAUUUGCAAAAAUGGGAAGAGAGUUUAAAGACAUUCAUCCUUCAGAACUGUUUGCGAUUGCAGCCAGGGAGGCUUUUAAAUCGUGUCGUCUGUCACCUAAUCUAAUUGACACAGUGAAUGUGGGACAAGUUUAUACGAUAAGUGGUUCAUCAGACGGCAUCCUAACUCCCAGACAUUCUGGCCUUAGGUCCGGGGUACCAUAUGACAGACCAACUCUUGGAGUCAACCGAUUAUGUGGAUCUGGGUUUGAAGCUAUAGUUAAUAGUGCACGAGAUAUACUGUUCGGACCAGCACAAAUAUCUUUAGCAGGAGGAACAGAAAACAUGUCAGCGAUACCGUUCUUAGUCAGAGGUUUCCGUUUUGGCACACAGCUCGGCAAACCUAUGGAUUUUGAGGAUUAUUUAAAAGCAGGUUCUGUGGAUUCCUACUGCAACUUCAGUAUGGCACAGACAUCAGAAAAUCUGGCAGAGAUGUAUAAGUUGAAAAGAGACCAAGUUGACGAAUAUGCUUUGAAAUCACAAAUGAAGUGGAAAGCAGGUUUCGAUGAGGGUGCUUUUAAAGAAGAAAUAGUACCAGUAUCAGUGAUAGUAAACGGUAAGCAAGUGGUGGUGGACAAAGAUCAACACCCGCGACCAAACACCACAAUGGAAGCUCUCAGCAAACUACCAACAUUGUUCCGAGAAGGGGGAGUUGGCACAGUUGGCAAUUCUACUGGUGUCAACGAUGGCGCAGGAGUUCUUAUCGUUGCAAGUGAAGAAGCAAUCAAACAACAGAACUUGACUCCACUGGUCAGACUGGUUGCAUGGUCUCAUGCUGGAGUAGAACCGAGGAUCAUGGGGUUGGGGCCUGUUCCAGCAAUAAGACAGUUGCUAAAAGCUACCGGCUUCACAAUGGACGAUAUAGAUAUGAUCGAGAUAAACGAGCAGUUUGCGGCCCAGGCUUUAGCCAAUGUGAUAGAGUUGGACCUCGACCAGACCAAGCUGAACAUGAACGGAGGUGCCAUCGCUUUAGGACACCCUGCUGCCGCUUCUGGAGCCCGGAUAGCUGCCCAUAUUGCGCAUGAGCUUAGACGUCGAGGUCUAAAGCGAGGUAUCGGUGCUACAUGUAUUGGAGGUGGUCAGGGCAUCGCUGUACUUCUCGAGACAGUGUGAAUGACAGGAAACUGAAUAAAUUGUAUUACUAUGUAAAUCCACUAGAAUCUGAUUAACUUUUUGUCAAUGUAUUCACUAAAGAAUACACGCAUUAUAAUACCUAGUGAUUAUUUAAUAUCAAUUAGUAUUCUUGUGCUAAUAAUAACUUAAGUUGCCUUAUAUUUUUGGAUUCAUGCAAAGUUGGGCUUAAGAAUUAUUAUUAUCUGCGGAGAAUUAUAUAAGUAUAAAUAAAUAAGAAAGUGUGA